GGAACUUUGCUUCCGGUUUGAGCGUGACGUCACCGCUCGUCCCCCCUCCUCCUCCCCUUUAAAUGUGAAGACUCGCGUUUACUCUGCUCAUUCUGGUCAAAUCUGUGCGACUCGAGUUUUUAUCACUUUAACCUCCAAUCUCUGCACUUCAAGUGAAUCAUGCCUUCAGUGCCUUCCACUAAAGAGAACGAUCUCUCCAAACCUGUCUGCCCCUUUGCUGGCAAAAAGACCAGCACCAGUGAUGGACUGUUCCAAACAAAUGGGAGUGAAAGUACCGAGAAUGACAUUGAGAAAUGGAUCCGUCCUGACCUUCCCAGCAAGUGCACAUGGAGCCUGGGAGCACCGCACACUGAUUCCCCACACAUACAUGCAAUCAGGACAAAUAGUCCGAGUAUCUUGCCCAACAUCCUCAGAAAAAUUGGGGACACGCCGAUGGUACGCAUCAACAAGAUCACCAAGACCUACGGACUCAAGUGUGAGCUUUUGGCAAAGUGCGAGUUCUUCAAUGCCGGCGGCAGUGUUAAAGACCGGAUCAGUCUUCGCAUGGUUGAGGAUGCAGAGAGAGCAGGCAUCCUCAAACCUGGAGAUACCAUCAUAGAGCCUACUUCUGGAAACACUGGUAUUGGUCUUGCUCUGGCUGCCGCUGUGAAGGGCUACCGCUGCAUCAUCGUCAUGCCUGAAAAAAUGAGUAUGGAAAAGGUGGACGUGUUGAGAGCUCUGGGAGCGGAGAUAGUCCGCACACCCACCAGCGCCCGUUUUGAUUCCCCAGAGUCUCAUGUUGGCGUGGCUUGGCGCCUGAAGAACGAAAUCCCUAAUUCUCACAUCCUGGAUCAGUACCGCAAUCCCAGCAACCCCCUGGCUCACUACGACACCACGGCCGAGGAAAUCUUAGAGCAGUGCGAUGGACAAGUGGACAUGCUGGUAGCAGGAGCUGGCACUGGGGGCACCAUCACUGGCGUAGCCCGCAAGCUGAAGGAGAAAUGCCCCAACAUUAAGAUUAUUGCUGUGGACCCAGAGGGAUCGAUUCUGGCUGAACCGGAGGAGCUAAACCAGACGGAUAAGACGCAGUACGAGGUGGAGGGCAUUGGAUAUGACUUCAUUCCAACUGUGCUUGACAGAUCCGUGGUGGACAGCUGGUACAAGUCCAAUGAUGAGGAGUCGUUCACUUUGGCUCGGAUGCUUAUAAGAGAUGAGGGCCUGCUUUGUGGUGGCAGUUCAGGCACAGCCAUGGCAGCAGCGGUGAAGAUGGCUAAGGAGCUGAAGGAAGGGCAGCGCUGUGUGGUCAUCCUUCCUGACUCCAUCCGCAACUACAUGUCCAAGUUCCUAAAUGACAACUGGAUGUUCCAAAAGGGUUUCCUCACUGCAGAAGACUUCAUGGUUAGCAAGCCCUGGUGGUGGAAUCUCAGGUUACAGAAUUUGAACCUUUCGGCUCCUCUCACUGUGUUGCCCACAGUCACCUGUCAAAAAACCAUCAAGGUUCUGAAAGAAAAGGCAUUUGACCAGGCGCCAGUCGUAGAUGAGGCUGGGGUCAUUCUUGGUAUGGUCACCCUGGGGAACAUGUUAGCCUCUGUGCUCGCUGGAAAAAUCAAACCAUCCGAUCCAGUCAGCAAAGUGCUCUACAAACAGUUCAAACAGAUUUGUCUAACUGAUAACCUCGGAAAACUCUCUCGGAUUCUGGAGACGGAUCACUUCGCCCUGGUGGUGCAUGAGCAGAUUCAGUAUUUAACAGAUGGGUCCACCAUAAUGAAGCACAUGGUGUUUGGAGUAGUGACCGCCAUUGACCUGCUUAACUUUGUUACGGUCCGCGAGAAACGUGAGCGAUCCAUGUCUGAAUGUACAGAUGACCAGUGAGGAAAGAAAUGAGGGUCAGCCAUUGCUCAUCUAAGAGUUUUGGGGAGUUGGUGGAAAAUAUUUUCUGAACUGAGGAUGUUUAAACAUUAUGUAAUGGUUGUUUUGCCACUUGUGUAUUUUGAUGGUUUUGCUCUACCAAAAGAUUUAAAAGAAUUGAGAAACUGAAAAGUCAAGGUAAAUUCACAUUUUGGUUAUAAUUUAAUUAUUGCUCACAUGUACAAUUAUUAACUUUUUUUUUUUUUUUUUUUAAAAGAUAAUAAAUUUAGAUAAGCUAAAUUGAAUGCUAAAUCUUUUUUUUCUAGAAACUUUCUUUCGCUUGUUUGUGUGUUUGUAUUACAUUGUAUUUGUCAAGAAUGCUAUUAAAUGUUGCUGUUUGCAGUAAGUGUACAAUGUUGUGUAAGAGAAUAUAAGAGCUCUUAAGCUAAAUAUUUUUCUUCUGGAUAGGUGCUUUUCAUGCAGAAUCUUGUGUUCCAUCUCAAUAAAAAUGUCUUCAUUUUCUAGAUAACUUUAUUUUUAUUUGUAAAGAAAUUUCUCUAAACUGAUUACCACUAGAGGGCGAUGUGCUUCAUGUUUAUUUUUUUGUAAAUGCUGCCUAGAGUCCGAGGGCUUGGUUGACAUGGCUGCACAUUGCAGUGGAGGUAAUUGUGUAAGAAUAUUAAUGUGCUAAUAAAAGAGCAAAUAUGAA